GUUUUUACAAAUUCUGCCACACGCUAGCGUAAAUGGGAAGCUAACGAAAGGUGAGAAGUUUUCCGCCGGCAUUUUAUUAAAGUCAAUGCAUAGUUAUUCUCUGACACAUGGGAAACCAAGCUGCAUAGAAGGUCGCGGACUUUAUCUACAGCACAGCGGGGCUGCAGCAGGUGGAAGCAGCUGCCGCCGCCACGGAGAUGGCCAACUUGAACUGGAAGCCGUUUAUCUAUGGAGGGAUGGCCUCGAUUGUCGCAGAAUUCGGCACAUUUCCCAUUGACCUUACUAAGACCAGACUACAGGUCCAAGGUCAGUCUCAGUACACAGAGGUGCGCUACAGAGGCAUGUUCCAUGCCCUGUUCAGGAUCGGGAAGGAGGAGGGCAUCCGGGCGCUCUACUCUGGAAUUUCCCCGGCUCUUUUGAGACAGGCUUCUUACGGGACAAUCAAGAUAGGAACCUACAAUUCUCUGAAGAGGCUAUUUGUCAGUCAGCCAGAAGAUGAGACGAUGGUCAUCAACGUCUUCUGCGGUGUCGUGUCUGGAGUCCUGUCAUCCUCUUUGGCCAACCCUACAGAUGUUCUCAAGAUCAGAAUGCAGGCACAGGGCAGCCUGCUCCAAGGCAGCAUGAUGUCCAACUUCAUCAACAUCUACCAGACAGAGGGCACCAGAGGGCUGUGGAGAGGUGUCAUCCCCACAGCACAGCGAGCAGCUAUUGUUGUCGGAGUGGAACUUCCUGUCUAUGACAUAACAAAGAAGCACCUCCUUCGUUCCGGCCUCAUGGGAGACACUAUUUUAGCACAUUUCAUUUCAAGUUUUGCAUGUGGCUUGGCGGGGGCACUGGCCUCCAAUCCUGUAGAUGUGGUCAGAACUCGAAUGAUGAACCAGCGAGUUUUGUCUGGAAACCCCAUUUACAAAGGAACAUUGGAUGGACUGAUGCAGACGUGGAGGAAUGAAGGCUUCUUUGCUCUCUACAAGGGAUUUUGGCCUAACUGGCUACGACUGGGACCUUGGAACAUCAUUUUCUUCAUUACCUUUGAGCAGCUGAAGAAGCUCCCGUUUUAACAAGAGCCGGUAGUGCGACUGUGUGGGUCGGUUGGACUGUGUCAGAGAUAAGUGGGGCAUGAGCAUGGCACCAGGCGAUUUGGCAAAUCUAUAUUUACACUCCCUUUGAACAAAAACCAGUUUCAUUUCAA